AUGGCGUCGACGUCGGAGCUCGCCGAUUGGCCCGAUCUAACUCCGACAAGGGAUAGAGGGCAGCGACAGCGACAGAGGGAGGGUGGGUUGACUGUUGAGAAGAACUUGAAAUGGUUUAUUAUUUUAAGGUUAUCACAGAAUCAACGGUAUUGCCUGUGUUUCUUCUUAUUGGUUCAUGGUGAUGGAGUUACUUCAAUAUAUUAUGCGGAAGCUCUGAACAAGUCUUUGUUAUAUUAUGAGUAGGCCCAACGUUCAGGGGAAUUGCCAAUUCACCAAAGAGUGGAAUGGCGUGCAUAUUCUGCGCUUUCAGAUGGUAAAGAAGCAGGAGUUGAUCUUGAGGGAGGAUAUUACGAUGCUGGGGAUAACGUAAAGUUUGGUUUCCCAUUGGCAUUCACAAUAACAAUGCUUUCAUGGAGCACAUUAGAGUUCCAAGCUCAACUGAAGGACAAUAAUAAGCUUCCAUAUGCACUGGAAGCAAUCAAAUGGGGCACAGAUUACUUGAUCAAAGCCCAUCCUGAGCCACACGUUCUGUAUGGUCAAGUUGGUGACGGUGAUUCUGAUCAUGCAUGUUGGCAAAGACCAGAAGACAUGACCACUCCACGUCCAGCUUAUAAGAUUGAUGAGAAAAAUCCAGGAGCUGAUCUUGCUGCUGAAACUGCUGCUGCUUUUGCUGCAGCUUCUUUGGUUUUCAAGCCAACAAACGAUGCAUACGCAUCCAUACUAUUAACCCAUGCAAAACAGCUCUUUGAAUUUGCAAGCAAUUACAGCGGACUGUACCAAAAUAGCAUUACUACAGCAGCGAAAUACUAUAACAGUAGCGGAUAUGAGGAUGAAUUGUUAUGGGCUGCAGUAUGGCUUUAUCGCGCCACCAACGAGGAUCCUUACUUAUAUUUCGUUGAUGCGUCUACUGGGCCUUGUGGCCCGAGAUCCAUAUUUUACUGGGAUGACAAGUACGUUGGUGUACAAGUCCUAAUUGCAAAGCUUGUUUUGGAGGGGAACGUAGACGAUGAAGCAUAUGGCCAGUACAAGAGCCAGGCAAAGGAGUUCAUAUGCAAUUGCCUUCAAGAAGGCAAGAAUAAUGUGAAACAGACACCCGGGGGAUUGCUAUGGUUUCUAUCAUACAACCUUCAAUAUGUAACCACUGUCGCAUUCGUUGCAGCAGUAUAUUUUGAGUAUCUGACCACAAACUUGGCUACGUUAGAUUGUCCCGGUGGCACUAUAAAACCCAAUGACCUACUUUUGCUUGCCAAAUCACAGGUGGAUUAUAUCUUGGGUUCAAACCCAAGAAGCACGAGCUACAUGGUAGGAUUUGGGCCAAAUUAUCCGACACAAGUUCAUCAAAGAGGAGCUUCCAUUGUGUCCAUCAAGGUAAAUCCUGCACCUGUAUCAUGCGAAGGAGGCUAUGACUUGUAUUAUGGCGAUGAUGCACCCAACCCAAACUUGUUGGAAGGUGCAGUGGUUAAUGGCCCCGAUGAGAAUGAUAUCUACUCCGACUUAAGAUCUAAUUACGAACAGGCUGCACCAGCCACUGUUACUCCCGCACCAAUAGUUGGCAUUCUGGCUAAGCUUGCCUUAACGUUCAAAUAA